CAGCCGCUGGCCUCCCGGCGGCGCUGACCCGGCUCCGGCCCGAUGGGGAAACGGUAUUUCUGCGACUACUGCGACCGCUCCUUCCAAGACAACCUCCACAACAGGAAGAAGCACUUGAACGGGGUGCAGCAUCUGAGGGCCAAGAAGGCCUGGUACGACCUCUUCCGAGGUGAGUCCGGCUCCUCUCAGGCGGGGGGCUGUGGGUGCCCCAGCCCCCUUCUCUCCCCCUGCAGGCUCUCCGAACUGCGCUGCUGUUUCUUUCUCUCUCCCAGUUCGCCCUCAGAGAAGACGGUUUUCCAGUACCCGCCGGGCUGGCCUCCGAUCCAGGACCUCCCUCCGUCCCUUCAGGCCCCGCCCCCUGGCGGGUGGCUGGUCCCACCCAACCUGCAGUGGGGAUGACGGGGGGCGUUCUGCCCCACAGCGGAGAGCUCUGGUUGCUGGAGGAAACGUUCCCUGUUGCUUUGUUUUUUAAUGAAUAAAAAUCCCUCGGCUCAGUC